UACAAGUAAUGGUGGUGGCCAGAUACGCCCAGUGUUCCUCGUCGCCCUUCUUUGAAAACGGCGCUUCCUCCUAGAACCAACGAAUUUCAGCUUCCUGCGUCCAGCAUACACCUCGACUUUUACAAACUACUACUAGCAAUCGCCAUCGUCGCAUACACAGUCUCAUGUCAUAUCAACAAUAUCCUGCCCAUCAAGGGUACGGCGCACCGCCGGGUCCCCCACCUCCACAGAAUGGUGGUCAUUACUACCAGCCUCCCGGGCAAUACAAUGGAGGAUAUCAACAGUAUGGAUAUCAACCUCCACCUCCUCAACAUAGCCCGUAUCCGCCCCAAGGCAGCCCGUACCCUCCCCAGGGGAGCCCGUAUCCUCCUCAACAAGGCAACUACCCACCUCCCAACCAACAUUACCCUCCCCAGCAAUACAAUGCACCACCACCACCACCACAAAAUGGCUACGGAGCUCCUCCGGGUCCUCCUCCAGGUCCAUAUGGUGCACCCCCGCCCCCAUCAGGUCAAUACGGUGUCCCCCCUGCGGGACCGCCCCAGAGUUACGCAAACCCUCCUCCGCAACACUACGGUCCACCGACCCCGCCGUCGUUAGGAUACGGACCACCUCAGAUGAUACAAUGGGACGCGAAGCCAGAUGCGCAAGCCCUACGAAGCGCGAUGAAGGGGCUUGGAACAGAUGAAAAGGCACUGAUCCGAGCUCUAUCAACUAAGGAUCCUCUGCAGAUCGAGGAGCUCAAAUCCGCAUACUUCCGUACUUUCAGCCGUAGUCUAGAAAAGGACGUUAUUUCGGAGACGGGAGGGUGGUUUGAAAAGGGUCUCGUCGCUAUAAUUCAAGGACCUCUGCUCCACGACUGUCACUUGCUCUACUCGGCCAUGGAUGGGCCGGGAACAAAGGAGAAGGUCCUCAACGACGUUCUACUUGGCCGCAGCAAUGCAGACCUGCAUGCCAUCAAGAGUAAAUACCGUUCCACGUUCGGCAAAAAGCUCGAGGACGCCGUCAGGGGCGACCUGAGCAUGAAGACGGAGCGCCACUUCAUGAUCGUGCUCGGCGCAAACCGCGCAGAGAACAACGCCCCGGUCGUGCCGCAGGACAUUGACCGAGACGUCAUGGAUUUGUAUCGCGCGACCGAGGGCAAAGUCGGCACCGACGAGAUGAUGGUCUGCUCCAUACUAAGCACCCGCAACGAUAAUCAGAUACGCGCUAUUAACAAUGCAUACUUUUCCAAGUUCCAGAAAAAGCUGGAAAGAGUGAUCCGCAACGAGUUCAGCGGUCACAUGGAAGCAGCGCUGCUAUACCAACUCCACCAUGCGGUAGAUAAGUAUAUGCACGCAGCCGAUUUACUCGAGGACGCGAUGGCGGGUCUCGGUACUAAGGACCACCUUCUUAUUAGCCGCGUGGUGCGAUAUCACUGGAACCGCGUCGAGAUGGCCAAUAUCAAGGGUGCGUAUCAGCAAAAGUACAAGAGGAGCUUGUCUAGCCGUAUCAAGGGCGAGACGAGAGGUGAUUAUGAAAGGCUCAUGGUUGCUUGUAUCGGAGACUAAGAGAGAGCAACGGAAGAUAUUCGGCGGAUGAGGGGUGUACUCGGCGGUCGGGUAGGGGCGUUAACGGGCUGCAUAUCUGGGGUGGGCGGGGGUGU